AUGUCGCGCAUGAUUUUCGGGAAGCUGGCGCUCAGCAGCACCUUGCUGUGGUCUUUUGGGGAGGCCUGCACCAUCAUUGCCGUUGGCAAGGACGCAAGCGCCACGGGCUAUCCCAUGGUCUCGCAUAGCGACGACAGUGGCCCAAGCACCACGGACGUGCGCCUGGUGCGGGUGCCGAGGAAGAAGUGGCCGAAAGGUUCCGUGCGGAAGCUCUACGAAUGGCGCAGCCCGUACCCGCGCCUCGUGAGCUCCCACAUGGCGCCCGCGUACCAUCCGGUGGAGGGGCAGGAGGAGUUCGAGGUCAUUGGCGAGAUCCCGCAGGUGGAAGAAACAUGGGGCUACUGGGACACGGACUAUGGCAUGCAGAACGAGUGGGGCCUCUCCAUCGGCGAGAGCACGGCCACGGCCAUGACGGUAGGCUGGGCAGCGGCCAAGGACAAGCCUUGGGGCAAGAACCGUGUGGGCAUCGAAGACCUUACGAAGUUGGCCAUGGAGCGCUGCAAGACAGCCAGGUGCGCGGUGCAGGUGAUGGGCGACAUCGCCGUGGAGCAGGGGUUCUACAGCGCCGACUCGGGGAGUCCCGACGCACCUGCUUAUGGAGGCAGCUCCGAGGCCCUGGUCCUGGUGGAUGCGGAGCCAGGGGACAUGUGGGUCUUCAACGUGCUCACGGGCAAGCAGAAUGCCUCGGCCAUCUGGGCGGCGCAGCGCUUGCCCAGCGACCAUGUGGCGGCGGUGGGAAAUUCCUUCACCAUCCGCAGCCUGGACCUGAAGGAUCCGGAGAACAACCUCUUCAGCCCAAAGGUGACGGAGCUCGCGGAGGAGAUGGGAUGGUGGAGCCCGAAGGAUGCGAAGUUCGAGGGCGACUUCGACUUCUUCGGUGCCUACGGCUACCAGCCCUACGAGUACAACACGGCCCCAGGACAGGUGGAGAGCACCAAGAACCUGCUGAGCUUCUAUAGCGGCCGCCGCAUGUGGCGUGUCUUUAGCCUGCUCAGCCCGGAGGAAGGGGGGAAGUUGGACCCGGAGCUCGGGAACCUGCCCAAGACGAAGAACCCCUAUCCACCCUCGGUGAGGGCUCCCAAGCAGACGGUGACGCGCGGCAUGGUCAUGAACGCGCUGCGCGACCACUACGAGGGCACCCCCUAUGACCUCACCAAAGGCAUGGCGGCAGGUCCCCACGGCACGCCCAACCGCGGACCUGUUCAUGGCCUCACAGGUCAGUGGGAACGUGCCAUCUCCAUGUUCCGCACCGGCUACUCCUACGUCCUGGAACCUCGGCCCCGUCGGCGCAGCCGCACCUGGUUCGGCUACGACGCAGCGCACGGCACCGUGUGGCUGCCGUUCUACGGGGCCUCAGACAUCCCGGCACCGGAGAUGUACAGCGCCCACGGCCUGAACAUGUCCACCUUCAACACCCAGGCAGCUUGGUGGGCCUUCAACCUCAUCAACCAGUACUCCGACCUGAACUUCGAGCUGAUCAACGCGGAGGUUCGGGCUCGGGCCUUGGAGAUGGAUCGCGAGGCAACCGCGGCCCUGGAGGAGUGGGAAGCUUCGUGCUCGGAGGGUGAGUUGGCGGAGCGCGCCAAUGCCUUCGCCGUGCAGAAGGUGCAGGAGUGGUGGCAGCUGGCUUGGCACCUCAUCGCCAAGUACGGCCGCUUGGUGACCACGUACAACGAGUCCGACAGGGGGGUGGAUGCAGAGGGCCAGAAGUAUCCACUCUGGUGGCUGAGAAGCCCAGACGUCGGCUUCACCUUGUGGUCACCCACGGGGCCCUUCCACGGCCUUCCCUAUGGGAGUCGCGUGGCCACGGGCCUGGAUGCUCAGUGGAUCUCAUGCCUUGGCGUUUUGAUGUUGGGUGCAAUCACCUACGUUUUGGGCCUGCAACACGGCCGCCGCAUGGAGUGCAAGGACACCGAUGGACACUACGUUUCCAUUGAGCCUUAG